ACUUUUGAGGUCUGAAAUGACUGGGAUGGAUGAUCCUUACGCUUUCAAAACACAGAUGCUUCCAGAAAGACAAACAAAACAGACCUCUGCUGUAUAGCAUGUUAGCAGGCUCGGGGUUUUUUUGGUAGCUAUUAAAACAAAAGUUGCAUUUCAACUUGCUGUGAAUGGCAAGUCUGCUUCCCAGUGAUGCUUUCCUUAUUUCAAAGCUUUAAACUGAGCCUUUCAGGAAUACCUGGGUUUGCAGAGUCCCAGAGGUUACUCUCUGCCUGCAUGCAGCUUUGCAUUGGGAUGGUUCUCCAAGUGCUCUGGCUGCUGCUGUUUCUCAAUGCCAGGCCUCAGGGAGUGACAACUUCCCAACACAAAGCGCUUGAGCUGUAGUUCUGUGUUUGCAUUGUGAUAUUCUGCAUUAUUUUUACCUUUAUUUUCUGCCUCUGACCUGCUGCUGCUGACCAAGCUGAAUGUGUGUCCUGAUACAGAUCUUAUGCUGCCCUGAAAUCUCAUGCACAGGAAGCAUCUGUCUGUUCCCCUGCUGUGUGGGGCAUUCUUUCAGCGGAUUAUCUCUGCUUCAUUCUGCUUCAUUCUGGCAAAAUGCCCUGAAAAAGUCAUUUGACUGACCCAAGCUCUCUGCAGAUCCAGAUCAUGCAUCUCUCGCUGCUCUUGAGACGCAAGUGAUUCCUGCUGUGUCCACCUGCUCGGAGCUGGCUGUCUUGGGAACGUGGGCAUUCAUCAGGCUGCAGACUGCUCUCCGUGGCUUAAAUGGACAUCAAAGCACAUCUCCUUGCUGGAAUGUACAUCCCCGGAUGAUCUGAUCUGAUCCUUCGUGAGCUAACUUCCGAGAUACAAAAUAAAUAACCAUCCUUUUCUUUCUACAAUCUGCUUGCUUUGAUUUAUGGCUUGCUCCCACACAGAAAGCCUAAAUUUUAAUGCUGAUAUUGCUCUCCUCUAAAUCUUCUGGAACGUGGAAGGACAAGGGUCCUUAUUGAACGUUUAUUGGGAGAAGCUAUCAGCAGUGGAAGAGACUUGGAAGCACUGUGAGGACAUGAAAGGAAAUACUCAGCUUUGCCUUUUUGAAGCCUAUUUUGGGGGAAAUGUAGCUUCUUCCCAUAUGGAUGGAGUUUGUAUGUUCAACCUAAGCCUGGGGUGUUAACUGGCAGGUGCCUGCAGCAUCCUUUCCUUUUUGCCUUACGUUGGACCCUGCAUUGUGCUUGGUGGCAGAACCUGAGUGGGAAAGAUGGUCAUCGUAAGGAGGAGGAACGUGAAAGUGUUUACCUUUGCCUUUCUGCUCAUCACAGUAACGUCUUUUGUGCUGAACUACACACACCAGGUGACCACCAACACGUGGGACCCAAGGCACCUCAUCAUGCAGUUUUCAGAGCAAGUCCAGAAGCUCUUCAAGUACCCCAAGAGACCCUGCAGCUGUCGCACGUGCAUCUCGGAGCUGGGACAUUCCCUCUGGUUCGAUCAGAGAUUUAAUUCAACUAUGCAACCUUUCCUGACCUCACAAAAUGCCUUGAUCCCAGAAGACAGCUACAGGUGGUGGCUGAAACUGCAAGGAGAGAAAACUCCAAAGAAUAUUAAUGCUACCCUCAAAGAAUUGUUUGGGAUCAUUCCUGGGGAUGGGGAUCCGCUGCAGGAGCGAGGCACUUUCACAUGCAGACGAUGCGCUGUUGUGGGCAACUCUGGAAACCUGCGGCAGUCACAGUAUGGCCAAGAAAUUGACUCCCAUGACUUUGUGCUGAGAAUGAACCGUGCCCCCACGGCUGGCUAUGAAUCGGAUGUUGGGAGCAAGACCACGCACCACUUCGUUUACCCUGAGAGCUACAAAGAGCUGGCAGAAAACGUGAGCAUGAUCCUGAUCCCGUUCAAAACGCUGGACCUGCACUGGGUUGUCACCGCGCUCACCACAGGCACCAUCAACUUUACGUAUGUUCCAGUUCCACGGAAAAUCAAAGUCAAAAAAGAAAAGAUCCUGGUUUAUAAUCCAGCUUUUAUGAAAUAUGUCUAUGAAAACUGGCUUGAGCAUCAUGGAAGAUACCCAUCCACGGGCCUUCUGUCUUUGAUGUUUGCACUUCAUGUAUGCGAUGAGGUGAAUGUGUAUGGUUUUGGAGCAGACAGCAAAGGACAUUGGCAUCACUACUGGGAAAACAACGCCUCAGCUGGGGCUUUCCGGAAGACGGGUGUCCAUGAUGGGGAUUUUGAGUUCAAUUUAACUUUGACUCUCGCAUCCAUUGAAAAAAUAAGCUUUUUCAAGGGCAGAUGACCCUGGCCACGGGGAGAAGUGGGGGCUGCAAUUUCCAACAUGCAGCAGAAAAAGGCUCAGUGAAGAUGGUGUGGGCUCCAGCCAGGUUUGAACGCAUGAAUCUGUGGUGGAUUCGGAGCAUCUCACUGCUGCAAUGCUCACCGCAGGGAGCCCGUCUGAGGGCUGGCUUUCACGCUGCACGUGAUCUCCUAUCCCCAGAUAGCUGGGAAAUACCAAUCAGUUGUGGGAAUAAAUGAAUCUCUGCUUAGGCUCUACAGCUUGAUUCCUGAAUGACAGAUGAAAGAUCUGCCUGUUGCAAUUAGGGGAAACCUGGGCACAGCAGCUGCUGGUUGUGUGUCCAUUCUUUCCUCGAGUAAGGCAAAAGAUCUCUGAAGAAGAGUGAUAACGACUUCUGGGACUUGAGACCUGCUAGGGCAGCUGUGAACAUCAUAGUAAGGAUUACCUCAAAGAAAUGAACUCACUUCUGCUGUUGAUCUUCUUUUUUAACUGUUUCUGCUAUUUCCUGUUACUACUUUUGGUUUCAUGCUGUGUUAAGGAAAAAAACAUGAUGAAGUUGCCUGGAGUAGUAAAUAUUUCAACCAUUGCCUCAUUCUGCAUUGAUAGUGUUUAUAAACAUGGAGCAAAUCAUGCCCGAUCAUAUAUUAUUUAAUAUUGCUUCCUAUACAGCCAUAAUGAGACAGAAAACAAUACUGGAAACUCCAGCAAAAAAAAAAAAAAAAAUGGCCUUUUUAGCCACUUGUUUGUCUUGUUUAGUUAUAUAUAAUCUUUAUUUCUUUUUUGUUUGGUGGAAAAUACUCUGGAAUGCUCAUUUUUAAUCGAUCGAAGGUUGGAAUGUGGACUGUUUUCUUUCAGUCAUUUAUAUGUGCCUUUCCAAAUUGUGCAACGGAUGUGAUUUUCUUUUUUAAGAUGAGAAACCCUAAAUUAAACUUUUUUAUAAGGGGGGGGGGGGAGUUAACCAAAGCGUAGCCUCCAUGUGGUAUACUUUUGUAGUCAAAACCAAUAGCGACAGCUCCUAUAUCGUGUUUGAGCAAACACAAACUAGACUCAUUUUUAAAGGUAGCUUUUACCUUUUUUACGGGAAAAUAUCCCCAAAGUUCCAAGGAAGCUUUUUCCUCUUAUUUUUUUACAAUUCUAAAAAGUGAUAUCUCUUUACAAGGUCUCUAUUUGAAGUGGAAGAAAUAUCAUGGGUUGGGAUAUCAGCUACUAGUACACCAAGAAUCUUUUGCCCUAUAGCAGAGUCUACAAGAACACAAUCUACACAAGCUGAUCCUACAGUGUAAGCCAGACUUCAAAAUCAUGUGCAUCUCUGGAGGAAGGAGUGUAUUAAUGUCAGUACCUCUAGGCAGUGAGAGGAGGGAACUGACAGCAGAGAUUUUGUACCUCCUGAUUUUCACUGGAAUCAAUGCUUUUAAUCCUCAAGGACAGCUAAAGUUUGAAUCCAAGAACAGAGUUCAGGUAAUGAAGAAGGGAGAACAGGUUUUUAUCCUUCUUGAUAUCAUGAAAAACAGGAUUCAUGGAUUAUUAACCCAUUUCCCCCUCCGGUGAAGCCAGGGGAGUUCUUGCCACAGACUUCAAGGGACUUCCCAUCAGGCUUG